AUGUCACGAUCUAAUGGCAGUUCGCUCUUUGGCUGGAAUAGCAAGGCAACGCCAACGGCGGAAGGUGAACUUGACAAGCCUCCUGUUCCGGAACCACGGUCCAACCAGGCAGCUCGGGAUAGAGCUCGAAAUAGUCGUCGUCAACCAACCGAAACUCCUAGUGGCGGAGGCAGGGUUGCUGGACAUGCGUCGAAAUCUGAGGGCCAAGCCGCGCGCGACUCCCAUGUCACCAGCACUCGCGACCUGAAAUCUCAGCUGCAGCAGCAGGAAUCUUUGAUAAACGACCUCUUGGCCAAGGUGCAAAGUUCCGAGAUGAAGGUGCAAAGUUCCGAGAUUGAGGUUCAACAAUUGCAGACAGCACUUGGACAAGCAAGACAACAAGCAGGGGUGAUUACUGACCUCUCAGACAAACUGCUGGCCGCCGAGGCUGAGAUUCGACAACUACAAACUAAAGAGCAAACCUUGCGAGACUUUAUGCUUCACAAUGCCAAUGACCAGGGCAGCAGCGAGCAAGCCGUGAUAAACCAGUACACACGACUUGGCCAGAGCAUCCAUAAGCUUGCCAUGAGCAAGACGUACCACGUAGAGCGAAGCACCUCUUUCGCCAGCCAAGGCAUUUGGCCACAGAAUGACAAUCUUGGCGCCUUGUGGGAAGCCUCCUCUCGGCCAACCCGUCUACUAAUUCUACGAGCGGCCAUCUUUCAAACUUUGCAUAGCAAGAUCCUAAGCCAUGAGGUGUUCGAUGUCCACGGGACAGACACACACCUAGUCACAGAUCUGGCCAAAGUAUUGGGCCAGUUCGAGCGCACCAUUGUCCAUCAAGGGGCCUCUCGUGACACCGUGAUCGACUGGAGACUGUCCACUUUCAAGUGUAUCAAAGCUGCCGGAUUAGAAGGCACGGACUUUGGCGUCCAAGUUGCGCAAGACAUGUACGACGUGUUUUCGCCCCUCAUAGCGGCGGAGGCCACGCAAGAGGAACAGACCAAUCUUCGUCGCAUCAUUAUAGACCUCUGCCAGGAGGCAUCAGCCCUGCGGCUCCUGAUGCGCAAAUCUCGUGAGCCGUACGAAUGCUGGUUGAUGGCAAGGGGCCCACUCAAGGACAAACUGCAUCUGUGUGACAGCUUCGGGGAAGUGGCUGGUGAUUCAACGCAGACGGAAAGCCUCAUUUCCUUCACGCUUGUAGGUGCUUUGGUCAGGUAUGAGAGGUUUGGCAGUGAGGAGCCGAGAGUAUUGGAGAAGGCUCAGGUUAUUGUGACAAGCAACUAGGGAGACAAUAUAGCUAUG